AUGGACGAGACCCCGUCGCUGUGGAGCCCCGGGCAGCUCGUGGCAUGGCUCACGUCCUUCGAGGACGGGCGGUCCGCGCCUUCUCGGCCGGCAGCUCGUCGAGCUCGCGCCCGACGCACUGGCGCGCCUCCACGCCGCCCGCGCCUGGCGACCAGCCUCCGCUACACGCUCUUGGCGAUGAACCAGGUGUCGUCCCGCGGCUCGCACGACAUUGUCGCGACGCCACGCAGCCCGUACAUUGGCGCGACAACGCCGAUCGGCAUGGACCCUCUCCCGUCCAUGCGGCCCAGCGAAGCGAGCAGCAGCGGAAGCCCGAAGAAGGUCACGGUGCCCGUGGUGUUUCCGCCCAUGAUUGCGCGGCCAACGCUCCUCGCCUCGAUCGUCAUCUUUCUCCUCGCGCUCGCGGUCACGCUCAUCUUUACCGUCUUCAAGGACGACUUGGACAAGACGGACUACCCGGCGUCGCACGUGCUUGCGAUCAUGUCGAUUCCCGUCAUCAGUAUCGUCUUUACCUACGUGCACAUUUGGCUCGCCUUGUACAUGACGUUCUACCCGCUCAACUACGUUGGCAUUGGCCAGUACCCGGGUACGAACAUGGGCCUCUGCGGCUGGCAGGGCAUCGUGCCCUUUAAGGGCGAGAAGAUGGCCCGCAUGUCGGUGCGCAUCAUGACGACGCAGCUCAUGGACGUGCGCGAGGUGUUUGGCAAGAUUGAUCCUGCCCAAGUCUCGAAGGAGCUCGAGCCGAUCCUCUUCAACACGAUCAAGGACAUCAUCGAGUCCAUGGCGCUCAAGUACAACCCGGGCUUAUGGAGCGUGCUGCCGCAAGCGGUCAAGGACGAGAUCGUCGAGAAGGUCAAGGAAGAAGCGCCCAAGCACAUUGAAUCGAUGAUGCUCGAGAUCCGCAGUCGCAUCGAAGACGUCUUUGACAUUGAAGACAUGGUCGUCACCAACAUGAUGAAGGACAAGCAGCUCAUCGUCAACAUGUUUGUGACGUGCGGCUACAAGGAGCUCGCGUUCAUCCGCAACUCGGGCGCGUACAUGGGCGGCCUCUUUGGCCUCAUUCAAAUGGGCAUCUACCUCCUCUUCCCGAAGCUCUCGGUGUACGUGACUUUUCCCGGCUUUGGCCUCCUCGUGGGGACGCUCACGAAUUGGCUCGCGCUCAAGAUGAUCUUCGAGCCCGUCUUUCCAAAGAAGGUGGGCUGCUUGACCUUCCACGGCCUCUUUCUGCGCCGCCAAAAGGAAGUCGCGGCCGUCUACGCCAAGAUGGUGGCCUCGGACGUGCUCAACGCGCGCAACAUCAUCGAAGCCAUUCUCAAGGGCCCGGCCUCGGACAAGCUCUUUGAACUCGUGUACGCCAACGUCCAAACCGCGGUGAACGCGGGCGCGUCGAUCGCCGACAAGAUUGUGAGCAUCGGCAUCGGCAAGGACACGUACAACUCGAUCAAGGACGACAUCACGGACCUCGUGGUGCAGAAGUUUCCUGAGAGUCUCCGCCACAUUGAAGACUACACAACCGUGGCGCUGGACCUCGAGACGACGCUGCGCGAGAAGAUGGGCACGCUGAGCUACGACCGGUUUGAGCGCUUGCUGCACCCGGUCUUUGAGGAGGACGAGUGGAAGCUUGUGCUCAUGGGCGGUGCGCUCGGUCUCAUUCUGGGCUUCAUUCAGACACUGUACGAAGCCGACAACUCGUAAGACAAUAGUGUUCUUGGUUCCCAGAUUAGCAUUUAUUGUAUACAUAUACGCAGUGU